AUGAGUACAGCCUCGGGUGCUGAUGAUACUGUGCUGCAUCCAAGCAAUUCUGCCAGGUGGCAGCUACGGCAGACGACAGCGCUGGACAGUGACGCAGAGAGUAGGGGCGGAACGGGCAACGCGCCAACACACCGGCCGGUCGCUGCUGAAGUUAUCGAUCGGCUGGGGACGAGCGUGAAGACGAGACGACGUGCUGCUCACCCUCGAAGGGUCGGAUUGUCGAUGAAACGUAAGCUGUCUGAUGCUGACAAUCUCAUCUGGCAGGUGGAUGAACAUCCUCCAGCGGAUGAGACGGAAGUUGGAGAACAUCGCGGUCCCUGCUCCAUCGAUUAUGACUCGAUGCUCAUGCUUGCAAAUGUCCCGCCACUCACUGAUGAAAUGAGGUUCCGAUGUCCAGCACUUCCGCUGCGAACACGCUCAACUCCCGAAUUUACACUUGUCCUUGAUUUGGAUGAAACCUUGGUGCACUGUAGCUUGAGCCCACUUGUCGACGCGUCCAUGGUUUUCCCUGUCAACUUCCAGAAUAAUACAUAUGAAGUCUACGUCCGAUUGCGGCCACAUUUACACACUUUUCUGGAGAGAUUAUCUGCUAACUAUGAAAUCAUACUUUUCACCGCCAGCAAGAGAAUUUACGCUGAUAAGCUAUUGAACCUUCUCGACCCACAGAAGCGCCUCGUUCGACAUCGACUCUUUCGUGAACACUGCGUUUGUGUGUAUGGAAAUUAUAUCAAGGAUCUAUCAAUUCUUGGAAGGGAUUUAUCCAGAACUGUGAUAAUUGAUAACGCUCCACAAUCUUUUGCAUACCAAAUUGAUAACGGAAUUCCAAUUGAAAGUUGGUUUCAUGAAAAGGACGACACAGAACUCCUGAAGCUACUGCCAUUCCUGGAGAGCCUUCCCAAGGAGAAGCGAGAUGUUCGUGAAAUCUUACGAGAGAAGUAUCGUAUCAGGGAAAUGCUACCGCCUCCAUCAUGUCCAACUAUUCCACCAGCUGAACCACUAUGCUCAGGAUAA